UAGGCAAAAAGAACGGUGAGAUCGACAAAAACUAUGACACGUUGGAUCUGCCUAAGCGCACAGAGCCCACAAAAGGCUUCGAGCUGCUGUACCAGCCAGAGGUGGUGCGGCUCUACCUGUCGCUGCUGACGGAGAGCCAGAACUACAACACCCUGGAGGCGGCUGCAGGCGCGCUGCAGAACCUCAGCGCUGGACAGUGGACCUGGUCCAACUACAUCCGAGCCACCGUCCGGAAGGAGAAAGGUCUUCCCAUCCUGGUGGAGCUGCUGCGCUCCGACUCUGACAAGGUGGUCCGAGCCGUGGCCAUCGCCUUACGCAACCUGUCCAUCGACCGCCGCAACAAGGAUCUGAUCGGAAGUUACGCCAUGCGGGACUUGGUGAGCAACCUGCCCAGCGGCCAGCAGAGACCGGCCAAGAACCUGGAGGAGGACACGGUGGUCGCCAUCCUCAACACCAUCCACGAGAUCGUGACGGACAGCUCUGAAAACGCCCGAUCCCUCAUCCAGGCCCAGGCCGUGGAGAAGCUGGUGGCCAUCAACAAGACCAGCCAAUCAGGACGCGAGACAAAGGCGGCGUCCCACGUGCUGCAGACGGUGUGGAGUUACAAGGAUCUGAGGAACGCUCUGACCAAGGACGGCUGGAACAAGAGCCACUUCCAGCCCACCGCGACGACGACCCCAAAAACAGCCAAGAACGGCAAAACGGGUUACGAUGACACCACCCUGCCCCUGAUGGAGAAGAACCAAGGCCCGGGGAAAAGUGGCAGUGGUGAUAUGAUACCUAUGGAUGAGCUGGGUCCAGACGGCUACUCCACCAUCGACCAGAGGGACAAGGACUGCAAAUACAAGACAGCGGACGCUUCGGUGGAGCCCACGGAACGGGAGCCGUUAAAGGCUUAAAGCAGCGAGAGCGCCACAUCCAGCCAGAAGAGGAUCUCUGAAAUCACCACUGCCAUUUCACAGGAACUCAUCUUUGGAGUUGAACUUUGUACAGAACAGAAGAUUUUAAACAGUUAAUGAUCACAACAGCAGCCUCCAGUGUUUAAACAUGCUUUUCAAAGAAAAUAUUUAAAAAAGAAACAAAAAAUGACUCUUACUACUUUGUCAUAUCUACAUUCCCACUGGACAUCAUGUGAAUUUUACAACGUGUGGAGCUCUUCAGAGGGAAACGACGGAGCGAGAAUGUGACGGACAGGAGGUGCAAAGUAAAGCAAAGGAAAAGGAAGAGGAAUGUUUGUCCGAAGGGAAAAAUGUGAGAGAGGAAAUGGAAAAAAAGGAAGGGGAAAAGAAAGAAGGUUUUUGUUUCCCGUAUUUUCAAAUCUGGAAGAAGUUUGGAGAAUUUUGCUUCAAGUGCAUCGUCAAACUUUGGGAUUUUGACAGGUUUCGGUUGGCGUGUGUGGGAAAGUUACUGAAUGUUUGGUUUGGUUUGAUGGGACGGAUGCAGGAAGAAGAAGAAGAAGAAGAAGAGGAAAGGACAGAAGAAGAAGAAGAGCUGUAGCGUAAAUGAACAUGCUCCCCCAACAGGCUGCUCUCAUGAACUGAAAAUCCAUCUGGGUUCACUGUGUAGUUGUUUUUUUUUGUUUUGUUUUUUCCUCAAAAGAUAGAAAAGUGCACUGAUUUGAAAUCAAUUAAACAGGUUAUUGAUGCUUAUCUUUUAAAAGGAAAGAGUUUGCAAGUCCAAAUCUGGAAUACACACUGCAAAAAUUCUAAAUCUUACCAGGAAUAUUUGUCUUAUUUUUAGUUAAAAUGUCUCAUUUUUAGUCAAAAAAUCUCAUUACACUUAAAACAAGACUCAUUACCAG